AUGAUGUCCUUUGUCCCUCUGCUUCUGGUAAGCAUACUGUUCCCUGCCAUCCAGGCCAAACAAUUUACAAAAUGUGAGCUGUCCCAGGUGCUGAAAGACAUGGCUGGCUAUGGAGGCAUCACUUUGCCAGAAUUUAUCUGUACCAUAUUUCAUAUCAGUGGUUAUGAUACACAAACCAUAGUUGAUAACAACGGCAGCACAGAAUAUGGACUCUUCCAGAUCAGUAAUAAAUAUUGGUGCAGGGACCACCAGAUUCCUCAGUCAAAGAACACCUGUGACAUCUCCUGUGACAAGUUCCUGGAUGAUGACCUUACUGAUGACAUGAUAUGUGCCAAGAAGAUCCUGGAUAGUGAAGGAAUUGGCUACUGGCCGGCCCAUAAGCCACUCUGCUCUGAAAAGCUGGAACAGUGGCUCUGCGAGAAGUUGUGA